GUCUUUCUUCUCUAUGCCGAAACCUCCCCUCGCCGAUUUCCUCCAACCGCCUAUCUCCUCUAGUCGUCGUUCUUCUCUAGCUAUUGUUCUCCUCAGCCGCAGAUCUACCCGUCGACACCGUUCUCCUCCAACCGCAAAUCUACGCCGCUGUUCUCCUUCAGUCGCGAACUCUUCCUGGUUCUUCCUCCAUGCGGAGACGAUGUCGCAACAAGAAUAUCAAGCUUGCAAAAAGGCCACAGGAAUCGAGGGUGCCAUUGAGCUUCGAAGACGUGGAUGGGAGGUCAGAUGGUGAUGCUAUGCGUAUGUGGUAUAGGCAUGUGGGAUCGAUGGUGCGGGACUCCACACUCAUCUCGCAUCGCUAUCUAAAGUGGAGGGUUUUGAGUACCGAUCAACUAGAUUCACUAUGGCGUGAUUAAAUUACCUAGUGUAAUUAACAUUCAAAUGAAGUCUUAUAACAUUUGUUGGUUUUAUUUUUCAAGAUCCAUUCGAGAGAACAUAUACCCCUAUAGACACGUACAAAGAGAUCGAGAUGGCACACGCCAAACAAAUAUGUGAUAGAUAGCGCUCCAAUGAGUCGGGAUUACGUGCGGAUUCAUAACGGAGAUGAGACAGAUGUACUUGCACAUCCCCCACCACCCUAUGAUUCAACAUAUUAGGAGUUCCUCUAUAAACACCACUACUU